UCCAAUGGAAGCCUUCGUCGCAACCCGGAGGAGACAAUCGAGUUUGAUUUAGCGUGAAAAUAGGAGACAAUUUCGUUUGAUGAGGUUAUAGACCGUAUAUUUUUUCAACAGUCUUGAUUUGCGGUUUUCUCCGCCGUGUUUCAAAGCCGCUAAUUUGCCGUUAACGGCGUCUGUUCGGCCUUGUUUAUACUGUGCAGAGCAGCUUGAAUCAGGGAAGCAGGCCCGGUCCUGUGCGAGUUCAACGGCCGUUUGGGUCUGGAGUGUGUUUUGUGCGGAUCGGCCCUUUAGCUCACCAAAGAAUAUGACCCAGAUGCAACAAUGACAUCCAGAUUUGGUAAAACCUACAGCCGCAAGGGAGGAGAGGGCACUUCCAAGUUUGAUGAGGUUCUGUCCACCAAGAGAGGCACCCUUAGUACCAAAUGGGGUGACACCACCUACAAGGCCAAGGUUGGCUCCAAGCGCCCCGGUGCUACCAAAAACGACUCUGUUCUGGAGGUUUACAAGAGGCCCCGUCCGUGUGGUGAUGGCUUGGAAGAUCCAUUUGGAUUUGACAGUGACGAGGAAUCCAAGCCGGUGUCGUCUCGGAGUGGCAGCAAGUCAUCACCUGCCAAGCCGGCCUCAGCAGAACCUCCCCAGGCUGAAAGGCCAGGAAUUUCUCUGGACAUAGGGAGCAGGUCCAGCCUCCAGGGAGUAUCCCACACUUUGGCAUCUGCUCGUCAUGGUUCGUCAUUUCCGGCCAGUGACAAGAACCAAUCCAGGGUGAUGGAGGACACAGCUCGGUUCUUGAACAGCAGCAGUUCUAGCAUAGGAAAGUCCCAGCAGAGUUCCUUGUUGUUAUUGGAGAACCAGCACAGCUACUCAUGGUACCAAAAUGCUUCUGAGAGUGACAAGAAGCCCCUGGCACAGACCACCACCCUGAAGACAGGGUCCAAGGCAGAGUCCACCUAUGACUCCUGGGAUGCCAUCAUGGGUCUCCGUCCUCCCUCACCCAGCCAGGAACCUCGUAACCCAGCCCCCACGCUCUCUUGGGCUUCAGCAGGUGUCACCACUGGCAGCUGUGGCCUGGCGCAGACCCGGAGUGAGAAGCCCCCCUCUCCUCCACGACUUCAGGGCCCCAGCGAGAGCGAGGACCAAGGGGGCGACUCAGACUUCCUUGUCGAGACAUCAGACUACUCCCAGACAUCGUCCUCUACAUCACUUGUAAGAAACUCUAACUGUCGGACGUACAGGAGGCCUAACAAACAGAGCUCUGGCAAAGUUCCGGACUCUAGUGGCUUUGCCAGCACUGCUUUUGGCACAGAUCUUCCCAAAUCCUCAUCUGCCAGCAGUAAUAAGACAGCAGGUAGUGGAGGGGGACGGGGCAGGACGAGGGACUACACAGUGCUGCACCCCUCUUCCAUGUCAAUGUGUAAUGUCACCAUCCAGGACCGAGUGGUGGAGGAGUUUAGCAGUGAUGCAGCACCCGCUAGUGGUAGCAGUAGUGCUGGGUCUGGCAGUACAACAGAGCUGGGAGAGGCGGGAUGGCAGCGGAAGAAGACAGAACAACAAAACACAAGGUUCAGACAGACCCAUACCAAGUCAAAGAAGGACAGUAAGCUGGACCUGUUUGGUUUCGAGGACACUGAUAGCCAUCAGGAGGAGAACAGCGCAGACAACACAGACAGCAAAUCCAGUUACAAAAUUAAAUACUUUGGCUUUGAUGACAUGAGCGACAGCGAUGGUGCUGACGAUGAUGACGGCAGCUUUAAAGAGAGGAGGAGGGCCAAGAAGGCUGCCGUUGCCAAGGCAGUCCCAGUGGUUACCGUGGAAGAAACACCGGCCCACGACCCGCCAGAUCCCUCUGAGAGGCUGGAGAGUCGUGAAAGGCGGGCAGCCAAGGAGAACAAGAAGAACACUGAGCAACAGGAAAGCAGGAUACGAGAAGAUGUCCUGGACUUCUCAGAGGACGGCCUCAGGGUCGUGGCUGGGGCUCCCAGGAGGCCGCCUCAGGGCAAACCGGCUGAGAAGAAUCCAGACACCUUACGGAGGAUCUUCAGUGCACACAAAAAGUCUCCCACCAAAGCAGUGUAUAAUGCCAGACACUGGACCUUGGCGAGUGAAGAGGAGCCCCCUCCACCUUUCUUCUCAAGAUCACAGACAACUCCUGUCGCAGUCUCAGCAGGAGGAUCCAGUAAGGAGCCCUCUGACACUCAGAAGGAUGAUGGCAUCUUCAAGGCUCCGCCUCCUCCUCCUAAGGUCACGAAGUGUCUCACUGUCCCCACAGACCCCUGCCAGGACACCGUCACCACACUCAAAUGCCGCAAAGAGCACAAGGAGCUGUAUACAGUGGUCCAACAUGUGAAGCACUUCAAUGAUGUGGUGGAGUUUGGAGAGAACCAGGAGUUUACUGAUGAUUUUGAGUAUUUAGCUACUGGUUUGAAGAGUGGACAACCUCUCAACACACGAUGCCUUAGUGUGAUCAGCCUGGCUACGCGCUGUGCCAUGCCCAGCUUUAGGAUGCACCUCAGAGCCAGAGGGAAGGUGGCUCAGGUCUUCAAAACACUCAACGAUGCCCCACAACACCCAAACCUGGCUCUGUGUACGGCGUCCCUUAUGUACAUUCUGAGUAGAGACCGCUUGAACAUGGAUCUGGACCGGUCCUGUCUGGACCUGAUGAUACGGCUGCUGGAGCUGGACCAGGACCAGGGGGGUGGGGCUGGGACAGACACCACUGCUCAGUUCAGCGCCAGAGAAAUCGCCAAGAUGAAGGAGAAGAUCAGGAAGCUCUGCGACACCGUGCACAACAAGCACCUGGACCUACAGAACAUUACGACGGGUCAUUUAGCCAUGGAGACGUUACUGUCCCUGACUUCAAAGCGAGCAGGAGACUGGUUCAAAGAGGAACUCCGGCUACUGGGAGGACUGGACCACAUAGUAGAUAAAGUGAAAGAGUGUGUUGAUAACUUAAACCAGGAGGAUGAGAAGGAGAAGCUGGUGUCGUCUCUGUGGGGAGCUGAGAGGUGUUUACGGGUCCUGGAGAGUGUCACAGUCCACAACCUGGAGAACCAGAGCUACUUGAUUGCCUAUAAAGACUCAUCACUCAUCAUCUCCUCUGCAAAGGCAUUGAGGAGGUGUGAGGAGAUGAUCCAGCGUUACAGCAGGGAGGUGAACUCAGACAGAGGCACGGUGGGGAAGGCUGUAGAGAACUGUAUGAGGGCCAUCAUAGGUGUCCUGCUCAACCUGACGCACGACAAUGAGUGGGGCAGCACGAAGACAGGAGAACAGGAGGAUUUAAUAGUGACAGCUCUGAACUGCGUUCUCAGAGUCCCUCAGUAUCUUCCACAAGAGCAGAGGUUUGACAUCCGUGUUCUGGGUCUGGGCUUGUUAAUCAAUCUGGUGGAGUACAGUGCCAGGAACAGGUACUGUCUGAUGGAAAUGGAGAUGGAGGGAGGUCAGGGUCCCUGCGACUCCACCGUCCUGCUCAACCCUCAGCACCAGGACAUCACCAGUACCGGCCCACUGAGCGCCAUAGCUGCACUCGUACAGCUGUUCCUCCAGCGGGAGCGGGCCGCUGUCCUGGCUGAGGCGCAAACCGAUGACCUCAUCAAGGAGGCGCCGAAGGCUGCACUGGACCAGAGUGGGGAGUGGCAGGAGACCGGCGGGGAGAUUCAGUGGGUCGCUAACGACAACGACUCAGACAAACAAGAUGACAGCAAGAAGAAGCAGAAAGACGAGGAGGACGAGGAGCUGGACCUCAACAAAGCUCUGCAGCAUGCAGGGAAGCACAUGGAGGACAGCAUCGUGGCCUCCUAUACAGCACUGCUGCUGGGCUGCCUCUGUCAGGGGAGCCCGCUGAAUGUGAGUACUGUGAGAGAGAACCUGCCUAAAGGAGAUUUCUCCAUCAUGACAGAAAUGCUGAAAAAGUUCCUCAACUUCAUGAACCUCACUUGUGACGUCGGCACCACAGGACAGAAGUCCAUCUCCCGGAUCAUUGACUAUCUGGAGCACUGCUAGAGAGAAGCCUGUCUGAUACACACACACACACACACACACACACACACACACACACACACACACACACACACCGUGACCACCACCAUCACCAUCAUCUCCUCAGAUUAAGUUCACUGCUGGAAACAGGCGUGUUGCUUUCUUAUGACACACACAUCUUCAUCAUCACCUUCCUCUCCGUGUUGUGACCAGACGUCCUCCUCAUCCGUCAGUUAAAAGGAACUUUUAUUUUUUCAGAAAUGGAAACUCCAUCAACAUCAUAACUCAAUGAAAAGUAUUUUUCCCGAAUUUAACUUCACCUGAACUUAAUUUUUUUCUGACUUCAUGAGGCACAAAGGCCUCAAACAUCAACACCCGCCCACCUCUGCCACCUGCUGUGAUCAUUUUUUAGUUUACAUUUCUGAAACAUGGAGUCCACUUAGGUGUUUUAUUUUUAUUUCACCCUUCUGCUAUUUAUAAAAGUUGCAUUGAAGGAUGUGUGCUCAUCCUUUGUUUUUGCCUUUGAUAGAUUUCCUGUCUGAGGGUCAUAGUUCAGGUCCUCUCUUACCUGCUCGGCCCCCUCUCCACUGAAAACAUCCCGCCUUUGUAUCUAUCAGUGACAGAUUGGAGUGAAGCUGUCGUUUUCUCCGGCCUGUCAUCAAAGCUUCUCACCCCUCAGCUCUGCCUCUGGAGCAUCUCCAAAAGAAUUCAAGUGGUCUAAAAAAAAAAGUGCUGACCAAAUUAACCACUCUGCUUUGAAACUGAUGACCUUGACUAAUUUCUGGCCACCUCGUUUCUCUCGUGCUUCUUCUUCUCUUUUUGCCGCUCUGACCUCUUGACUCUGUCAGAAGGAGGCAGUUUGAGGCUGAGAAAUCAAUUUCUGGCCAAAGAGCAAGGAAACAGCCCAGGCCCUGAAUUACAGGCUUUUGUGAAGUUAAGGUGGUAUUUUAAGGCGGAGCUGCCGGUAAAUGUUUGCGUGAGGUCUGUUUUUAGGUGUUUGUAUAUAACCUGAAAUGUUCUCUCUUUGGAAGUAAGAGCUUCUCUUCCCUCUUCAGCCUCUGCAGCAAACUAGCUGAUUUUAAAGCCGAUAUCAAAACAGAAACUUCUCCAAUCAUGCCGAUCACUCUUCAGCCAGACGGCACCCAGCAACACACCUGAGACUAAAACAGAAUGACCCUCGAGGUUGUUAAAACUCUCUGGAAACUUUGAACGACCCCCACCCUCCCCAGAAGUAGAAACUUUUCCCUUUCAAAGAAUCGAUCGCCCUCUCGCUCAACAUCAAAGCUUUGUGUCUCUGUGGGACCCGAGCCCUCUGGACCAGAACCUGUCCUCCUUCAGCUCCUUUCAAUUACUGCCCGUGUGUGUGCUCGCCACUUGGAGAAGAGCCCUCAAUUACAGCACAAAGGCAGCCGAGACGCCCCGGUCUGAGAGGUGAAGACGAGCUGCUUUUCUUUGGUUUUGAACUGAACCACAAGCGGAGAGACUUUCAGAGAUCAAGUCAAUACUUUCCUUUUCCUGUUCUGUUGCUUUUAGAUGGUAAGACUUCAGCUGUAGCUGUUAAAUCCCGGUUCACAGUUUGCAGUUAAACUUUAUGGAAAAAUCCUCCUCUGAGCCUUUUGACACUUUGACAUCUCAUCUGUCCAACACUUUGCAGCAGGGAGUUUUUCUUUGAAGCGCUGUAUUUUUCAUUUCCCUUGCCUGCGUCAUCAUUCCCAGAAUGCAUUACAGCCACCUCGAGAGGAGAGUGACCAUGCUGCAAACCUGUAAAUUGUAUGAAUUAGUCGUGUAUUUUUUACUCUUGUGUGGAUUUCUCCCCGUGUAGUCGUUGAACAUCAGUCCAAAAUAGCAACUAAAGAAGAGGAGACCAGUUAAAUAAAAUGAGGAAGUGCAAAGUACAUCAGCAGCAUUUUGUCAAAAGGUCUGAGGGGGAUUUCUGUUCCUUUUCCAUUUCAGUACUACAUUCUGACAGAGGGUUUAUGAAUGGGUUUUAUUCGUGUUAAUAAACCAUUUACCUGUUUUAUAGACCAAUAAUAAGCAUGAAUAGAAAAAAAUUAGCUUCCCACGUGGUUACUCUUAUACACACCUUUAACAGGUUCUAAAUGUUGAUAAGUCAUUAAUAACAGGUUCUUUCAGUAAUGAUGCUGUAGCAAGAUAAAGAAAAAGUGAAAGCUGUUUCUAUUGGCGUCCUGCAGUGACCUCCAUACAGUCUCAAAAGCUUCAUAAGAGAUGGAUUACAGAGAGACUGGUCAGACUGGAAGCAGCAGAGUCUCUGAUUCUCUGACUUUUAGUCACCACUGUGGGUCAAGCUCCACAAAAUGUCUUUCCCACCUCCUUCACUCAAACCCCACAACUUCACUUUGGCUUUCUGUUGAAGACUUUAAGCCCUGAGCGCAGUCUGAGAGUCUGUGAUGACCCGAUGGCUUCUCUCUGACAUCUGAUGUUCUCAGACUCCUUUCAGAGCCACAGACGACCCAACUUUUUACAGUCAUUCUAACCAUGAUGAGUAAACUGAUCUUCAUGUAUGAAAUUGGUCAAGUCUUAUGGCUUAUAACUGAUUUACAAAGCAUUAGUAAAUGAUUUAUUAACCAUCAAUAAGCCCAUUAGUUUUAACUUAUAAACUUUUUGUAAAGUCUGCCUUAUUAGAAAGCCAUACCAACCGUUCCUUGGUCCGUCUUGUUCAGUAGAGAAAACGUUUUUCAAAUAUGAAAAAUGUUUAACAAAAACUUUCAAAAAUGAUCUUUGGCACUUGCGAGUGAAGAACAAACUUUACCUUUAAAAUAAAAAGUGAUGAAAAAAACCCCAAAACAAUGUGACUUUCUAAAAUGAUGUGAUAGGAAACACAUGCGUCUCAGCUAAAUAGCAUUUUAAAGGUUUCAGUUCUGAUUAAGAAUUCGCUCCUUUAUCGUGUCCAGAGUGUUUCAACUCUCAGUUCCCCAAGAAACUCUGUAGUUGUUUAGUCUGUAUUUUUUUAUUAUUAACAGUGGGUCAGAUUCGAGCUCCUGCUGGAGAAUUUACUUUUGGUUUGGUUUUGUGUUGUUUCUCAGUUCAUCAGCUGUUAAAGUUUGAAGCACGUCAUGAAGCAUGUUCAUACCGUUAUUCUGUAUUUGUCUGUUCCCCUGUGAUCAUUAACACACUGUCUCAUACACACUCUCACACACACAGUUUAACCCUCACACUCCUUAAGAAAAAAAAAGUUUACAAGAGCUUUAUUCACAGACGUCUGGAAGAAUGAAUGGAAGAGUUUUUGUACAUAGUUCCUGUACAUAGAUUGAUUUCCCCAUGUAGGAGGAGUGACUGAUGGGUAAGGGGGUGGGUGGGAUUGUGGGUGGGGUGGUUAAAUUUAAAUUUAGACCGGUAGACUCUACUUUUCUGAAUCUGACUCUAUUUUUCAUUUUCUAAAGCCUUUUCUCCCAGUCGUGUUGUUGUUUUGGACAGACAGACAGAGAGCUUCUUAACAAGCCAACUGCAGGAAAACUUGAUCUUUGUACCAAUUUGCAGACUGAUGUCUUUGGUUACCUGUACAUAAUUUUAAAAUAAUAAAAAUUGCUACUUUCAGUA